GAAAACGGGACGGGGAAGGAAAAUAAAAAAGGCCAAAAGGGCAUUCAGCCAGCGCUCGUGCACCUCGUCUCACUCAUCUAAAUCUUCUCUCCCUCUCUUCCCUCCUCCGCCGCUGAAAGAGGAAAACACAAAAGAAAAACAGAGCAACAAGCCGCCGCCGGCGGAAGCUCGGGUAGACGUUUUAUGGGAUGGAAGGGAAAGACGGUGAAAACAACAACAUCAUCGCGCCGUUCGUUAUGAAGACUUACCAGAUGGUCAACGACCCAUCGACGGACGGACUCAUCUCCUGGGGGAAAGCCAACAACAGCUUCAUCGUCGUCGAGCCUCUCGAUUUCUCCCAGCGCAUCCUUCCCGUUUACUUUAAGCACAACAACUUCUCCAGCUUCGUCCGCCAGCUCAACACCUACGGAUUCAGGAAAGUGGAUCCGGACAAGUGGGAGUUCGCCAGCGAGUGGUUUCUUCGGGGCCAGAAGCAAUUGCUGAAAAACAUAGCGAGGCGGAAACAAUGCAAAGGGUCGUCGAGAUCGAUCGAGGAUUUCAUCACGGAAGGGAACGCGGAGAUGGCGAUGGAGAUUGGGAGGCUAAAGCAGGAACAGAGGGCGAUGGAGAAGCAGCUGGAGGGGAUGAGCAAGCGAUUGGAGGCCACCGAGCGGCGGCCGCAGCAGAUGAUGGCGUUCCUCUACAAGGUUGUGGAUGACCCGGACCUCCUCCCGCGGAUGAUGCUGCAGAAGGCCGGGAGUAACCGGCGGCUGCAGCGGCGGCUAGUAGUGGCGGACAACAAGAAGGCUCGGCUCGACAUUUCGUCGAACAACUCGUCGUCGUCUUCGUCGGGCGGGCUGUCGGUGAAGUCAGAGGAGGAAGUGGAAGGUGGGGGUUUUGGUGGGUUCGUGUCGUCGUCUCCAGAGAACGGGUUCGACGGCAGGGUGGAGUAUUCGCCGUCUCCGUCGCCGGAGCCGGUGAGUGGUUCCGGGUGGUGUAUCGGGGAGGUGAGCUACCGGCGGUCGGUCGGUGGUGGGGGGAGUGGGGUUACGGUGGGGACGGCUAGUAGGUUGGGUGGAUAUGGAGGCGGCGGGGGAGGAGGUGGGGAAGUUAGUUAUUUCGGAGGAAUGGCGGCGGCGGGGGUGGUGGAAUCCAGACCACCACCGCCUCCGUCUUAUCCGUUCUCCCUUUUAGGUGGUGAGUUUUAGAUGCUAUGUUUUAUUAUUCUCCAAUUUUUUUUUUCUUUCUUGCUACUUCAUUUCAUAGUUUUUUGCUCUAAUUAUGUUGAUGAUAAUUAGGGUUAGGAUAUUGGAUGUCGUAUAACUUCUGUAUGUGGGUUUUUCUUUCUUUCUCCAUGGUAGAUUGGAAAUAAGUAAAAUCACAUUCCUACUAAUGUUUGGAUCUCGUGAAGAUAAAAUAUUAUAAAUUAAUCUAAAUGGA